UCUAUCUCUCUCUUGUUGGCAUAAACCCUCCUGGCUGUAGGUCACCUUGCAGGCUAACAGAGCAAUUUGAAUUCUGCACUUAAUUCAGCAUAAUCUCAUCUGGCUUAAAAAUUGCUCUGGCUUUGUCUUACACAAUUGACUCUUGCUUUGGUGGAUAGGAACUGGCUUGUUCAAUGAUGCUUUAUUGGAAAUCAAAGACAGGUUUGGUUGAAUGGGUACUGUGGAACUGUGGAUGAAAGUAAAAUUUUAGGGCUAAAGCACUCGUAACUCUCAAAAAGAAAACGACAAUUAGAGAGAUGUGCACAGAUUUACAGUGGGUUAAUUACAUAAUGCAACAAAAAGUGCAUGAGUUGUAUGUGCUUGUUCAUGAGCAUGCAUGUGUAGUGUGUGUGUGUGAGAGAGAGAGAGAGAGAGAGAGACUGGAAACAGGGUCAGGGGAGGCUGGUUAUCAGAGCAGAGAGACAGAAGGCAGUUUGCUGUGGGCAGAAGAGGCAGUCACACUCCUGCUCUCUUAACUUCACUCAGCGCUGUCAUACACACUUUUAGCUCACUCUCACUCUCUCGCUCACACCACUUGAUCAUCUCUAAAAAUCCUGUUUUUAAUCUUUCUGGCCUCUUUCUCACUUUUAUCCUGUGGCUGUAUAUUUCUGUCCAGAUCUUUUUCAUCUUCCAGGACCACGAAGACCACCAAGAGGUUUCAUCAGGUUAACACAUGGAGCCACAGUAUCGUGGUCAUCACCCUCUCACUCCAACAAGCCUGUCCAUACCAUUCACUGCAUGGAUGAAGUGGCCCCAUGUGGAAGGUGAACAGGGGCCAGGCUGUGUGGCCCCUGUGGGCCCUGGGCGUGUGCUGCUGAGGGAGCUGCUCUGGCAGUUGGAGCAGAGAGAGCAGCAGGUCCUGGAGGAGGAGUUGCAACACCGCCUCUCCCGGAGCAGCAGUAUGGGAUACCGACGCCCAAUGGGGCGGCCUAGCUUACUGGCCCUGAUGCCUGCCUCAGAGUGCAGACAGCUGGAGUGCCUCUGUGCUCGCAUUCCUCCCUCACACACCGCCACUGUGCUCUCCAGGUUCCGGGAUAUUUUGGCUCACAACGAUGUCCUGCCCUGGGAGCUUGUGUGCAUCUUCAAGCAGGUGCUGCGGGACUUUCUAAGAAGGCAGGAUGAGGCGGGGUACCGGCGUCCCUUCUCUCUGCCACCACCAUUGCUACUCCCUGUUUCUCCUCCUGAAAUGGAAACCAAUGGGAGCACCCAACAGUCGAGGAAAGCAUCUCCUGCCUCACCCUCACCUGAAGGACAAGAGAGGCACAGAGAGGAGAUCCCGACCAUCUCCAGCUAUGUGGACCGGCAUUUACGCAGCGCCUGCCCAUAUGCUGUCCAAAGAGACUGUCUGCCCUAUUACCGAACACUGCCCGAUGACUGUCCUGAAGCCUACAGCACUACCCUGUAAAGGUCAAAAAUAGCUCAGAGUAACCCUACUGAUCUCUGUGUCCUGUCUCCUUACAGAAACCUUCCUCAGACACAAACCCAGAACAGUAAAACACAGAGCAUUCCAGUCUGGAUCAUUGUAAGCAUGAGGUUUGUAUUAGGAACACAUUCAGAGCAGGGUCAGUUAUGGCAAAAACAAGCACAACCUAGGCCAAAAAUAACUCUGCUAUAGGUACCACAUUUAAAGCUGUCAUGGCAUUAGAAACGUUUGUGUCCUCAAACCCAGAUUAGGAUGAAGUGUGAAUUCAUGUCAGUUUAUGGUAUGUGGGCUGAAUAAAAAUAUAUACACAGCUCUGGAAAAAAAAUUAAGAGACCACUUCUGUUUCUAAAUCAGUUUCUCUGAUUUUUCUAUUUAUAGGUUUAUAUUUGAGUAAAAUGAACAUUCUAUAAACUACAGACAACAUUUCUCCCAAAUUACAAAUAAAAAUAUUGUAAUUUAGAGCAUUUAUUGACAGAAAAUUAGAAAUGGUUGAAAUAACAAAAAAGAUGCAGAGCUUUCAGACCUCAAAUAAUGCAAAGAAAACAAGUUCAUAUUCAUAAAGACUCAAAUGUUUAGAAAUCAAUUUUUGGUGUAAUAACCCUGGUUUUUAAUCACAGUUUUCAUGCAUCUUGGCAUGUUCUCCUCCACCAGUCUUACACACUGCUUUUGGAUAACUUUAUGCCACUCCUGGUGUAAAAAAAAUAAAGCAGUUCAGCUUGUUUUGGUGGUUUGUGAUCAUCCAUCUUCCUCUUGAUUACAGUCCAGAGUUUUUUCAAUUUGGUAAAAUCAAAGAAACUCAUCAUUUUUAGUGGAAUCUUAUUUUGUUCCAGAGCUGUACAUGUAUGUGGUCCAGAAUGUCACUUUUGGUAGCUACUGAUGGUUCUGAACUAAACCAAAUCUUGACCAACAUCUAGAGAAGCUAUAUUUAUUUACUAAUAAUCUAUAUAGUCUAUUUAAUACAGAUGUAUACUUGUUUUUUAUUACAAUUUUAAUCUAAAUGAACUUCUGUGAAAAUAUAGUACUGUGCAAACAUUUUGUUGUAGUUUAUGGUGUUUGAUCUCUGAAAAUUCCAGACUCAGAUUGGUUAAUUUAAUUGUCCUUAUUUGUAUUUUUUUAAAUGUUAGUGUUUUAAGUAAUGAGCUUGCAAGAUUCUUAGAUACACCUUUGCACAGUUGUGUAUAUAAUUUAUUUUUCUUAAAUGAGCCUUUAAACUCUAUAAAUUUGUACAAACAAACUAAUCAAAAGAUAUUAAUCAAAAAGAUAUUAACAUAACAUCUAUCAAAACUGAAAUAGUCAUAUCUAUCAUGUGUGAGUGCACUUUCCAGUUUUCAAUACUGUCCAAAAUGUAUCUUAAUUUUUUUGCAGCAAUUGAAAACAUAUUAUGUGAUUAUUUUGUGAUGAAUGAACCAAUGGAAAUGUUUCAAAAUCAAUAAAAUCUCAUUUCAUGAACGUA